AUGGCCGGCACUCGUGUGACUUACAGACGCCGCAACGGCUACAACACCACCUCGAACCGGACCCGUAUCGUCAAGACCCCCGGUGGCCAGUCGCGCAUCCUUCACAUCAAGAAGCGAGGAACUGCCCCCAAGUGCGGUGACUGUGGCAACAAGCUGCCUGGCGUCCCCGCCCUGCGUCCCCGCGAGUACGCCCAGAUCUCCAAGCCCAAGAAGACUGUCCAGCGCGCAUACGGUGGCUCACGAUGCGGUAACUGCGUGCGCGACCGUAUCGUUCGCGCCUUCCUCAUUGAGGAGCAGAAGAUCGUCAAGAAGGUGCUCAAGGAGGCCGAGCAGGGUCCCAAGAAGAAGGGAUUGCUUUACAGCGUCUUGAUGAUCGCAAUGAUACAGACCAUCGAGUCGUCAAAAAGACAAACCAACGUCUCGGCAUUCUGGGCCAGAGUGAUAUUCUAUGCGACCAUGGACUGGCCUGUAUUGGAUGUGUCGAUUCCGCCAGAUCGUGAUCGACCUCAUUGUCCCUGUCGGCCACUGUCGAGAACACCACCCUCUCCGUCUUCGACAUGGCGAUGCGCGCCGCUGCACACCUCGUCCGCCCGCCUCGCCCAGAGAUCCCGAGCCCACAAUGACGAGGAAAUCCCCGAUGGCCCCCCGACGACCGACUUCUCGCGCAUGGACAUGCUAGGCCAGACGCCGGCGCCCUCGACCUCGGUCGACAUCUGCUCGUCCGACGGGUUCAAGCUCAACAGCGGCGUCUCAAUAUACGACGGCAACGGGGUGAUGCUCGUGGGCGGCGAGGCCUUCGCGUGGCGGCCGUGGGGUCCGGACCUGAAGCUCGUCAACGCGAAGGGCCAGUGGGAGGUUCGCGAGGAGGCGUUUGCGGUGCUAGACCUGCUCUGGCCUCGGCCUGAUCUACUGAUCCUGGGGCUAGGCCCUGAGAUGCGGCCACUGAGCCCCGCUACGAGGAAAUAUCUAGGCAGCUUGGGACUGCGCGUUGAGAUUCUCGACACCAGGAAUGCGGCCUCUCAGUUCAACAUGCUGGCUACAGAGAGGGGUGUCGAUGAUGUUGCUGCGGCGCUGAUACCCAUUGGAUGGAGGGAGGGCAUUGGGGCAAACUACGAUUAA